AAAAAAAAAACAGAGAUAAAUGAACCAAGAAAACAACUUGUAUAAUUCAACGGACAAAAAAAAAAAAAAAAAAAAAAAACUAUUCAUAGAAGUUUGGCUUCAUGAGAGUGAAGUAUGAUUGUGUGUGGGAAGAAGCCACUGUAGUUUUCUUUGGAUCAGGAACUAGUCAAGUCAAAGAGCCCUAAAAUUUCGUUAUUGGAAAAACACAUGCCAUCAUGGAUUACUAGAAAAAAACUAGUAUUUCACUUGAUUGAAAAUCUGAUAAUUCAUGAAAAAAAUUUUGAAGCCAUAGUUCUCUGAUUACUGACAAGAAACUCUAAUGCAAAAAUGGCUGAUGAAAAUGGGUUUCACAUUGCUAUGUUUCCAUGGUUUGCCACUGGACACAUGACUCCUUUCCUCCACCUCUCCAAUAAACUUGCUGAAAAGGGCCACAGAAUCUCAUUCUUGUUGCCAAACAAGGCUAAACAUCAACUGGAGCACCUCAAUCUUCAUCCUAGUCUCAUCACAUUCUAUACACUAACUGUUCCUCAUGUUGAAGGCCUUCCUCCUGGAACCGAGACAGCUUCUGAUGUUCCCAUUUUCCUCACAAGUCUACUGGCAACUGCCAUGGACAACAUGCGCGAUCGUGUCAGAGACUUGCUGCAAAAAUUGAAGCCCUCCAUCGUCUUCUAUGAUAUGGCACAUUGGAUACCUGAAUUGGCUUCAGAAAUUGGUUUCAAAACUGUGAAUUACAAUGUUGUAUCUGCUGCAUCAAUUGCCAUUGCGUUAGUUCCGUCGCGUAAACCUGUUGAAGACAGGACAAUUACAGGAGCUGAGCUGAUGGAACCGCCACCAGGUUACCCUUCAUCUACAGUUUUAUUGCGCAGGCACGAAGCUCAGGGAUUGUCAUUUAUAUUUCUUGAAUUUGGAAAGGACAUAGCUUUCUAUGACAGGAUCACAAUUGCCAUGAAACGAAGCCAUGCGAUCUCUAUCAGAACUUGUAGAGAAUUGGAAGGAUCUUUGUGCGAUUACAUAGCAAGAGAGUAUCACAAGCCAGUAUUUCUUACAGGGCCUGUUUUGCCCGAGUCUGAGAAGGAAGAUUUACAAGAAAAAUGGGCUAAUUGGCUGAAGGGAUUUGAGCCAGGCACGGUUGUGUUCUGUGCAUUUGGCAGCCAAGUGGUCUUGGAAAAGCAGCAAUUUCAAGAACUUGUUCUGGGAUUUGAGUUAACUGGUUUGCCAUUCUUGAUAGCUUUAAAACCACCAUUUGGGACCACAUCUGUCGAAGAGGCUCUUCCUGAAGGAUUUGAAGGGAGGAUAAGAGGCAGGGGCAUUGUUUAUGGAGGUUGGGUGCAACAGCCGGCUAUCUUGAGCCAUCCAUCAGUGGGAUGCUUUGUGAAUCAUUGUGGGUUUGGAUCAAUGUGGGAGUCUUUGAUGAGCGAUUGCCAGAUUGUGCUCGUACCACACCUGGCUGACCAAAUCUUGAACACUAGGUUGCUAGCUGAAGAGUUGAAGGUUGCAGUUGAGGUAGAGAGGGAUAACAAAAGCACAUGGUUUUCUAGGGAGAGUCUGUGCAGGGCAAUCAAGUCUGCUAUGGAUAGAGACAGUGAAGUUGGUGGCCUAAUUAGGGAGAAUCAUGCAAAGUGGAAGGAAGUCCUUGCAAGUCCAACCUUUAUGGGAGGUUGUAUUGAAAAGUUCAUACAAGAUUUACAAGAACUAUGAUUAAUGAUGGAAAACAAUAGUGCCCUCUACCAAGUAGUUAAAGCAGAAGAAACACAGAGAGGGUAGUUGAAAUGGUACUAUCCUGGAACUAUCCUCUCUUUAAAGCUGAUUGUUCUUGUUCUCUUACAAAUUAGACAUCGAAAAUUCAAAGCAUGUCAGCAGGGUCUCUCGAAUCGAAA